GGUGUCCGUGUAGGGGCGCGCGGAAGGGACCGAUAUAAUUGUGACACUGCAAAGCUCGCUGGGGGGACGGGUAUUGGUGUGGCACUGGCGCACGCCGGUGGAGCCGGCGGAUCCCGGUGGCCAUGGGGAUGUGGUCUCUUGACGCGAUGUGGGACAUGCCAGCCGAGAAGCGGAUAUUCGGGCUCGUGUUGCUAUUCUCUUGGACAGUGUAUCUUUGGGAGACGUUUCUAGCACAGAGGCAGAGAAGGAUAUAUAAAACAACAACUCAUGUACCAAUGGAAUUAGGACAGAUUAUGGAUUCAGAAACAUUUGAGAAAUCGCGACUAUAUCAGCUGGAUAAAAGUACUUUCAGCUUCUGGUCAGGACUGUACUCAGAAAUUGAAGGCACGCUUAUUCUGCUCUUUGGUGGAAUCCCUUAUCUAUGGAUGCUUUCUGGAAAGUUCUGUGGAUAUGCUGGCUUUGGACCACAGUAUGAGAUCAUCCAGUCCUUGGUAUUUUUGCUGUUGGCUACACUCUUCAGUGCAUUGACUGGUUUGCCAUGGAGUCUUUAUAACACUUUUGUCAUAGAAGAAAAACAUGGUUUCAAUCAACAGACCUUAGGGUUCUUCAUGAAAGACGCAAUCAAGAAAUUUAUUGUGACUCAGUGUAUUUUAUUACCAGUGUCUUCACUUCUCCUGUACAUUAUUAAGAUUGGAGGUGACUAUUUUUUUAUUUAUGCCUGGCUGUUCACAUUAGUUGUUUCUCUGGUGCUUGUCACAAUCUAUGCAGAUUAUAUUGCUCCUUUAUUUGACAAAUUCACACCUCUGCCUGAAGGAAAGCUGAAACAAGAAAUUGAAAUAAUGGCAAAAAGUAUUGAUUUUCCUCUGACUAAAGUAUAUGUUGUUGAAGGAUCUAAACGUUCUUCUCAUAGCAAUGCUUAUUUUUAUGGCUUCUUCAAGAACAAGCGAAUAGUUUUGUUUGACACUCUACUAGAAGAGUACUCUGUCCUAAACAAAGACAUCCAGGAAGAAUCUGUCAUGGAACCCCACAAAGAUGGAGAAGGGGACAGUGAAGAAAUAAAGGCCAAAGUGAAAAGUAAGAAGCAAGGAUGUAAAAAUGAGGAGGUGCUUGCUGUACUAGGUCAUGAAUUGGGGCACUGGAAGUUGGGACACACAGUCAAAAAUAUCAUUAUUAGCCAGAUGAAUUCUUUCCUGUGCUUUUUUUUGUUUGCCAUAUUAAUUGGUCGGAAGGAACUUUUUGCGGCAUUUGGUUUUUAUGACAGUCAACCCACUCUAAUUGGACUACUGAUCAUAUUCCAGUUUAUUUUUUCACCUUAUAAUGAGGUUCUUUCUUUUUGCCUGACUGUCCUAAGUCGCCGAUUUGAGUUUCAAGCUGAUGCAUUUGCCAAGAAACUUGGGAAAGCUAAAGACUUAUAUUCAGCUUUAAUCAAACUAAACAAAGAUAACCUGGGCUUCCCUGUUUCUGACUGGUUGUUUUCCAUGUGGCAUUAUUCUCAUCCUCCGCUACUAGAGAGACUUCAAGCUUUGAGAAGUACAAAACAAGACUGAGAUGCCCAAAGUCUGCGACUGAAGACUUUCCAGAUUAUUUUUGUUCUGGCAGCAUGUUCUGGCUCUUGAUGUUUUUAAACUUUUUUUUUUUUAAAAAAAAAAGCAUUAUUAAGAACAGAAAAACUCAGAUUUAAAUGCAUUUCAAAAAUUAUUUUAGUAAUAAUUCAUUUCUUAAAGAAAACACUGGAUAAAAUUUAGGGGCUUAAAGUUUUUAAAGUACAGUUUUAUCUUUGACAUCUAAUUCAUCAACUUGUUAAUGAUUUGAGAAAAUACAGAACUUGUUUUUUU